CUCAUCUCUGCUCAUUCUCUUGAGAGCACGUUGCACGUCAAAGCAAAAGUGAAAGUGCUCCGCUGACAGGGAGGAGCUGCUGUUGUUUUUCUGGCACUCGUAAGACGGAAAUGCCAGAGAUAUUACCAAGAAAUUAUCAAUCUAUUUCAAACAUGGACAAGGCAGAGACGACUGUGCCGGGGAAAAACUUUUUUGUCUUCUUGGCGGGAAAAACUAAUGAUGCUCAUCACGACUUUGUUGAAAAGUUUAAAGACGUUGGCCAAACUGAGGUGUGGUCUCCUGAAGAAAGUGACUACCUUCUGGUUUUCUGUCCCAUCGCUUCACGAGUUGGAACGGACAUCAGCGAGGCCCUGGACAAAAUUCCAGGUGGUAAACCAGUAAUUCUGGUGGUGAUGCAUCACACCUUCAGUCCUGAACAUGUUGUAGCUCCAAGCAUGAGACAGGUGAACAAACCGGCCGUCCUCCUCACCGUGGACUGUCUGUUCUAUGAGCGCAACCUCCUGAAGUGUAACCGCAAUGACAUCGCGUGGUUUGACGUCCAGAAGGUUCUGGGAAUUCCCCCACAGCCCUCUUCCUUGAAAACAUACCUCGGAAGUUGGUGGAGGAAGACCCGGAGCCUUGUUGGAAUAGCAGGUGUUAUAUUGGUGGUGAUCAUUGUGACUGUGAUAUGUGUUGAAAAGAGAAAGAAGUAAGGGUGGAGGAAGUACUGGAAGCCUGUUGUUAUAUUGGUGGUGAUCAUUAGGCUUGUGAUCUAUUUUGAGGAGAUAAAGAAGUAAAGUGUAUGAGGCCUGUCAAAAGCAUGCAUUACAAAAACAAAAGGAAUCCACUGUAAUGGCAGUUUGCAGUAUUAUCACAAUAAAUGAUUCUCGAAGGGACAAAAUAAAUAUGCCAUAGAAUGCAUGUGCAAUCAUUUAUAUAAAUGUAAUAACAGAAGAAUGGUAUCAUUGUUAUUAUUGUAGUAUAGUUGGGAAGGCUGAUAUAGAUGUUUUUAAGCUGAAUCUUUAGAUCUCUUAGGCUGGCACAAUAUCAUAUAUUGAGAAUGUAAAUCAGGGGCUACUACCAAUGUUACUUCACAACCCCAUUUAUUGUGCUUUUUAGAUCCAAGUUUUGUGGCAUGUACAUGUUUUAAAUGUGUGUGUAGCAGAGUAGUAUGUGGUCAAAUCAUAUCAUGUUUUGAAUGAUGAUGACAUAACAUCCCUGCACAAUGAUUGCUGUUGUGUGCUCAUUAAAUAUCAGGAUUAUAUGUUUUUCUGUCAUAAAUCAAUAAGUAAAAAUGAAUCAGCCAAA